AAGAGAAGACGUAACAUGUUCAAUUCCACAGUUACCAUGGAGCACACUCCACGUGCGCCAUUUCAAUGAGUAACCAACAGCUUACCUUUUGGCAUUUGUUCGACCAUUUCUGUGUGACAUAAAGGUGAGAGUUCUGUGCAAAAAUAUGGGCUGCAAGGGAAAAGAAGGAAUUUGAAAAUGACGUUUCUACUAAGCCACAGUGAUUUGAGUUGGGAUCUAGAAGGUAAAAUACAAGGAGUUUAACCGUUAAACGUCCUCACGAUGGCUGAGCUUGUUCAGCAGCGGAUUGAAGACCGACUUCCAGGCUUGGAGCAGCUGGAGAGAGUGGGGCUGUUCACCCAGAAAGAGAUCAAAUGCAUCAUCAAAAGAGCUACAGCUCUGGAGUACAAGGUGCAAAGGCUAGUGGCAAGCAAAGAGGCCUUCCUUGCGUUCAUACAGUAUGAAGUCAACGUUUUGGAGCUGAUAAAAAAGAGGAGAGCGCACAUUCACUACUCAUCCAAAAGGGAGGAGAUCGAGUUCCCAAUCAUUCAGAGAAUAAACAGUGUCUUCAGACGAGCGACAAGCAAGUGGAAGGAUGAUAUUCCACUGUGGCUUUCGCAUGUUGCUUUCUGUAAAAAAUGGGGGACAAAAAGUCAAAUCAGCAAAGUGUUUUCAUCCGUGCUGGCGAUCCACCCCGACAAGCCAGCGCUGUGGAUCAUGGCUGCCAAGAGCGAGCUGGAGGAUAAGAACUCAUCUGAAAGCGCUCGCCAGUUGUUUCUGAGAGCACUGCGCUUCCACCCAAACAACAAGAAAAUCUACCAGGAGUACUUCCGCAUGGAACUCUUGCACUGUGAGAAACUAAGGAAGCAGAAAAUGGACCUGGAGAAGGCUGAGAUAGACUUGGGAGAAUAUGAGUUUUCUCCAGAGAUCCUCAGCGGUAAACUGGCGGAGAUUGUGUACAAAAACGCUACUCAGAAAAUCAACGAUGCCGAGCUGGUCAUCUCUCUGCUGAAAGUGGCUGCUUGUUUCGACUUCGCCAAAGAGCUCCACGACAACAUCUUGCAAAAUCUACAGUCGAACUUUGCGGAGCACAGUGCCACCUGGGAUUUCCUGGCCAGGAGGGAGCUGGAGGUUGCUGCAGUCGGAGAGGAGCUUCCGAGCGAGAAAGGCCGAGCCUCAGAUCUGGACAGACGGGAGCGACGCUGCUGCCAGGUCUAUGAGGAAGGAGUCAAGGCCCUCAGCACCGAGCCCAUGUGGUCCUGCUAUGUUGCGUUCUGUGUGGAGAGACAGAAAAAGAAGACCAAGAUCUCAGAGCUUAAGGAGAUGAGGAAGGCCAGGCUGCUGGACGUGCUGCAGCGAGCUCACGACACUUCCAUGCUGAAGGAGGACUAUUACAAGACCUGGCUGCAGCUCCUCUUUUCAUCUGGAGACACCGAGGCCGCAGCCAGCGUUGCCAUAGCAGCCACGCAGCGCUACAGCUGCUCCGUGCCUGUGUGGAGUCUGAGUCUGCAGAUUCUGAUACAGCUGGGGAGCAAAGACGUGAGCCCACUGUUCCAGGAGUCGUUCAAACACGUCGACGCGAAGGAGAGUCUCCCGAUAUGGCAGCUGUACGUCCAGUGGAGCACGACCACCCAGCAGGCCCAGGAAACGGAAGCCAUCUUUAAGCGAGGUCUGAUGUCUGCAGUGCCCACUGUUGCCAUGGAGAUGAAAGAGAGCUACCUGGAUUGGUCCUACUCCACCGGAGGCUACAAGAAGGCGAGGAAGGUCUUCACCAGCUUGCAGGAGUGUCGUCCUCUGUCCAAGAGAUUCUUCACCACAAUGAUUCAGAUUGAGAAACAACAGGAGAAGCCAAAGAUAAGCAAACUGCGAGACUACUACGAGAGAGCCCUGCAGGAGUUCGGCUCCUCGGAUGAAGAACUGUGGCUGGAGUACAUCAAGGAGGAGCAGGGAGAGCUGGGGCAGCCGGAGAACUGCGCCAAGAUCCACUGGAGAGCCAUGAAGUUCCUGGAGGGGGAGAGUGUGGAGAACUUCACCAGCAAAUACACUCUCCUGCAGACUGGACAUUACUAGUUCCAGCCAUGAGGCGACCUCAGAGUUCUUCAAUGUUGAAGCUCUUUUGAUAGCAAAUGUGCGUGGCUGAGUUGUUGAUCAAAUGUUUGGAUUUGAAAGUGAGCCAUUGAUGCAAUUCUUUCAUUAAAACUGGCUCUUGUUCGUUCAUGUUUUUCAUGUUUGCAUCUUUAAAGCAGCAAGGGACCGUUCUGAAGUCAGAACCGAACAAGAGCCCAACCUGUUUCUGUCGACCUUCAGUUUAUUUAAGUUAAUUCAAGACACAUGAAUACUCAAAUGCACAUAGAAAAGGGCAGGUACACACAUCCGGCCAGAACAUUAUGACCCCUCUCGCAGUCAAGUUUCUCCACCAGCAGCCACUAAAGUAUCAGUUGUAACAACAUAAUGACAAAACUACAUCUUUCAUGUUCGACAAACAUCAACAUCACACACUCAAGAAACACAAAGAAGAUUUGAUCAUAACUCUUGCACUGCUGCUCUAAAGAGGCACACACUUUGUAGUCCUUCACUUCAGCAUGAGUUACUGACACAUUCAAGCACACUUGAACUUCGUGUGCCCUUCACUU